AUGUCUGAAACCUCAAUUGACAUCAUUAUCAAUGGUCUUCAAGCACAACUCUCUGAAUUAAAAGAAGUUAUUUCUGGAUUAAAUAAUGAUCAAAAUACUUCAGCACAAACAACAAAUAUGAAACCUAUAGCAGACGAACUCGACGCUUUAAAGAUUACAAACACCAAAUUAAAUUAUCGUAUUACUCAACUGUUACGCGCUUUAGAUGAAAAAGAUUCAAUAAUCUCAUCAUUAAAGGAUUCUAUUAAUAAAUAA